CUCGUGCAGCCCAUCCGCCUCAUCGCAGCACGACCGCGACCACGAGAAUACAUUCAUCAUGGAGCUCGGGACCAAUCUGACAGCUAAGCUGGAGCCGUUCUUGCUGAUGUCUAAAUCGGCGAAGGGUGCUGCAGCAGCUAAGCUCAUUCAAGACGCCACUUCCGCGCCGGGAGUGUAUGUGUUCGCUGAGUUGCUUGAGAUGCCUAACAUCCAAGAGCUUGCAACCAGUGAACAGCACUCGCAGCAUCACUCGCUCCUUCAGUUGUUUGCCUACAAGACAUACCAGGACUACCUUCAAUACAAGGAUUCAUUGCCUGCACUGAAUGUUGCUCAGAUCACGAAACUCAAGCACUUGACCCUUGUCUCUUGUGCCAUGGACUCUCGCAUCCUUCCAUAUUCGCAGCUACUGGAGACGCUGCAUAUGCCUAACAUACGCGAACUGGAAGACCUCAUCAUUGAUGCGAUCUACCUUGACAUCAUCCGCGGGAAGUUGGAUCAGAAGGAGCAGCAGUUUGACGUCGAGUAUACUGUGGGAAGGGAUGUUGAACCUGGAAAAAUUGAGAAGCUGCUCGCGUCGCUGCAAAGCUGGGCAUCAACGACAUCCGACGUGCUGGCUGCCUUGGACAAGAAGCUGAACGAGUUGGCUUCUGAUGCGGUCACGGCCAAGACAAAGAAGGAAGCAUACGACCAGGUGUACGAGACGACCUUGAAGGCGGUGUUGGAGAAACAAAAGGAGAUCAAGGCUAGCAUCCGGGCUGCUGCCUACCCGGGACGCACUGGCCUGACUGCAGCUGGAAUUGCGGAGAGGGACAGGGAGAGGGAGCGCGAUCGACAACGGGAAUUGGAGAAGCAGAAAGAGCAGGAGAGGGCAAAGGCUCAAGCCGAGGGCAAGGAGCCGGGCGGCAGUCAGGACAAGGACAAGGACAGCAUGGAUGUCGAUGAGCCCGCAGAGAAUUCCAAGGGCAAGAAUAAGAAGUGAUUGCUGAAUAUCGUCGCUGUCGCACGCAUAUACUCACAAUGUUGUAUCCCCUUAGAGCGCCGCAGCAAGAAGCAGCGCAACAACAGCAUCAUAGAAAGCGUAAUCGACCUUGAGCAUGUUCUGUCCGUGCGUUUCUGCAGACCAUGUAGUUGCUACGUCGACCCUGUAUAGCGCCAUUCCUGUCUUCCACAUCUCAAUCUGUAGGAUUGUCACCCAUUGUAUAUCUCACAGCGAC